UAUACAGAUGCGAAAGUAAUAUAUGAAGCAGAGCAAAAUGGAGAUUCAGCAUGGACAGCAGAAGCAGCAGCAGAUGCAGCUGCAGACCUCAGGCACAAAAAUGCUUGUGGCUGCUUUCACUGGCUUAGCAAUCGGAGGGUCGCUUGUGGGGUUGAUGGGGUUCAGCUUCUUGGCGUCGGUGACGCUGCUGGUUUUGAGCUCGCCGCUUCUGGUUAUUUUCAGUCCACUGCUGUUUUUUGCUGGGUUUGUGUUUGUGGGAGCGUUGGUUGGGUUUACUGUGGCUGCAGCCAUGGCUCUAGCAGGGAUGACUACUUUAGGGUGGAUUUUUCAGGAGCUUACUGGUAGACGGCUUUUGGGAUCUGGCGGCGGAGACGGUGGUGGUAUGGUGGAGAGAUUGAAGGAUCAAGGAAAAGAUUGGGGUGGGUUUUUGCAGCAUGGGAGUGAACAAGAUCGCAGGGUUAGUAGUAGAAGCUGAACUUUGUGUACAAAUAGUUGCGGCAUACUUGUGUGUUCUGGUAACUCUAAUGGUCUAUCUUUCCCCGGUCUCUAUCUUCGUGUAUUAACAUUAUGUGGGGUUUGAUGGUAUAUAACCCAAGUGUUUACACGAAGUUUAAUAUAUAUCCUUUUCUGUAUCACUAAAUUAAGUCACCAAGUUUAAUAUCCUUUUCUGUAUCAAUAAAUUAAGUUAACUUGUUUGUCUUAUAACAAGAGGAUCA